AUGAUGAUAAUAAUCAAUUGGCAUACGCCGAAACGAUGAAAGAAGAAAAGAGAAAGCAAGGGAGACGACGACGUGCAUAUAAAGAAAAAUACUAAAACUAGGACCGCUAGUUGAGAGUAGAGACGUCAUCAUCAGUGUCUUAUACAGGCAACCAAGGGCUGUAGGCCGUAGCAAUUUUAGCAAUGCCCCAACCUCUGCUCAGGUAUUUUCUGCAAUAGUUUAGCGUGGCCCAUUCGGCCAGCUUUUCUUGGGUUAAUUAAAAAUUGUCCUGUUGUGUCUCGCUGGCUUUGAGUCGCGUGGCGUGGCGUGGCGUGGCGUUGCUCCAGGGCCUUGGCUACGUGUUUGUGACUUGUGAGUUGGGGAGAGAGGAACACGAAGACGAAGGAAAACGCAAGACAAGACGCAGAGAGAGAAGUUGGUUUGGCUUUUUUAGAUUGAUUUUUGUCCGGGCAGGACAGGGCAGGGUAGGGGGUCAAUAAAGAUACUAAGCCAGUUCAUAUUGGUUAUGAUUUUGAUCUUCAUCAUUUUUCUCUUUAUCUGUUCGAAAACAGAAAAACCCCAUUACUCUGCCGUUUCUGUUUCCAUCAUCAAGCCAAGCGCAAGCGCUAACAAGUAACAGCAAAAUUUCCCCUUCACGUGCCCCUACCCAUCCAUUCACUUUCUUUCUUUAUUCUGCUUCUCCCUCUCUCUCUCGCCUUCUUCCACCAGUCAUCACAACACAAUAAAGAAAUGAUCUUUUGACACCGCUAAUUCUCCAGUUCCUUAACGGUGUUGUUUCUUGCAUCCAUUGCCGUUGUCUUGUUGUCCAACACUUUGGUUAAUCAAGAAAAGAAUGGGUGAUCUUCGCGUUUGUUAUCCCAACGGUGACAUUUCAAGGGAGGAUCGCCUAUGCCCCUCACCCUUCCCUUCGCCUCCGUUUUCCUUGUCGUUGUCGAAUCCUGGUCAGCCCUGUUCGAUUGCGAGAGAUAGUUGGGACAGCGCAGAGGAAACCGCUCGUCGUAUAGUUUGGAGUGUACAACCAACUUUGGACGCUGACAGAAAGCGGAAAGAGAUUGUCGAGUACGUUCAACGACUUAUUCAAGAUGGUCUUGGGUACCAGGUCUUCCCAUAUGGCUCAGUUCCGCUCAAGACAUACUUACCGGAUGGAGAUAUUGACUUAACCACGCUCAGCAGUCCAGCUAUUGAGGAUACUUUGGUGUCUGAUGUUCAUGCUAUUCUCAGGGGCGAAGAGCACAAUCAAAAAGCUCCCUACAGAGUUAAGGAUGUUCAUUGCAUUGAUGCUGAGGUUAAGCUUGUGAAGUGCCUUGUGCAAGAUAUUGUUGUAGAUAUUUCCUUCAAUCAGUUGGGAGGGCUUUGUACACUGUGUUUUCUUGAACAGAUUGAUCGUCUUGUUGGUAAAGAUCAUCUCUUUAAGCGCAGCAUUAUCCUCAUAAAAGCUUGGUGUUAUUAUGAAAGUCGUAUACUUGGUGCCCAUCAUGGCUUGAUUUCUACAUAUGCUUUAGAAACACUGGUCCUAUAUAUAUUUCAUCUAUUUCACUCUUCUUUAAAUGGCCCUAUAGCAGUUCUCUACAGAUUUUUGGAUUACUUCAGCAAAUUUGAUUGGGAGAAUUAUUGUAUCAGCUUAAAUGGACCAGUUUGCAAAUCUUCCCUGCCUGAUAUAGUGGCUGAGGUUCCCGAAAAUGUGGGGAAUAAUCCACUUUUGAGCGAAGAAUUUCUGAGAAAGUGCAUCAACAUGUUUUCUGUUCCAUCAAAGGGGGUUGAGACAAACUCGCGGUUAUUUCCUCUGAAGCAUCUUAAUAUAAUUGAUCCACUAAAAGAAAACAACAACCUUGGGCGCAGUGUUAACAGAGGUAACUACUAUAGAAUUCGUAGUGCUUUCAAAUAUGGGGCUCACAAGCUUGAGCAGAUCCUUAUUUUACCAAGAGAAAGAAUACCGGAUGAGCUUGUUAAGUUUUUUGCAAACACUUUGGAAAGGCAUGGAAGCAAUCAUUUGACUGGCAUGCAAAAUCUUCCAUCGACUUCUGAUGCUCGAGGUUAUGACCAUGUAAUGCCAUCACCAUGUGCUAGUAUGUGCUCAGGGAACUAUUUGUUUGCAAAAUCAAUCAAUGUUGGCUCUAGUAACAAUAGGAUGUCAGGAUCUAUAGCUGCUUCUGGAUCCAGAUACAAGUUGGGAUGCCCAUUCGAUGUUUUAACCUCACAGGUAGUGCCAGAAAAAAAAAGCAAUGUCAACAGAAAUGCUGUUUCAGGACAUUGUCACCCUGGGGAUGCUAAGGAGUUUGUACUGUCUGGAUUACUGGCAAUGAAAAGUGAGAAUGAUUCAUCUGAUUCUUUUCCUCCUAGUAGCAACCUUGGUGCUUCACUUUCAGUGAAACCUCGCACUUGUAGACAAAUGGGAAUGGUUGAAAUUGGUAACUCUUUUAAAAGUACGUUGACAGAUUCUAUUGCUGCUGAUGACAUGAGUUUUGCUCUAAAGCCUUAUUCUAAGAAUGACACUUUAGCUGCCAGCAAUGUAGUUUGUAAAAGAGAGUUAGCUGGCAUUUUUGGGGAUUCUGAAUCUUUAAAAUCAUUGUUGGACCUUACUGGGGAUUAUGAUGGCCAGUUUUGGAGUUUGUUAUAUGGUCAAUAUUGCCAUUUAUUUUCUGUAUCUAGUCCUGUGUCCCCCCAUUUACAGAAUGAAAAUCAUUGGGAAACUAUCGAACAAUCCAUACCCUUAAAACAGGAUCUUUAUUCUCAGAGGGACUCAAAUGGGAUUUUGGGAUCACAAUUUUGUUUUUCGAAGCCUCCUGUUGCAGUUCAUACUGCUUUGGAUUCAGAGGAUAAGAAGAAACGAGGAACAGGAACAUAUAUUCCCAGCAUUAAGUAUCGUUCUAAUCGGGAGAGGCACUCAUCUGGGAGAGGAAUCUUUCAGGCUUCAAGAGCCUACAGUCAGCUUCAGAGAUAUACUAAUAAUAAAGGCUCUGCUACUGUUCAACAAGAGAUGGCUUUGUCUCAAGAAGGUAGCCAUGAACUCUCACCAAAGGAGUACCCAGCUCUGGGCCCGGUGAAGUUUGGACCACCCAAUACUCAUCCACCUUACCCAUCCGUUUGGGGUUUAUGUGCUGCCAGUGGUUUAAAUUGCCCACCUGAGAGAUUUGAAUCCGAGUCUUCUAGCCUUGAAUUACAGAGCACAAACAUGCCAGAAGACAAUGCAUUGCCAGAUCCUUGCACUUGUGGCUCCACACCAAGUGUUAUGAUACCAGCAGCACAAAGUGCUAAGCCUGUUCUUGAAAGUAAUCAAGAAAGUGAUGCAGGGCUGUCAUACCAUCUGAAAAAUGAACAUGAUUUUCCACCUCUGUCCCUCUGAAGGAUAAUCAGAACAGAAAAUGUGAAGAAUAGAAGACAGAAAGCAUUAGCAGUAGAUGCUAACAUCUAAACCUUUAGGGAGACCCUUUUUUCCCCAUUACUUCUUUCUCUUGUUGCCUCGGUUGUUUCCAAAUUUCAAUGUUAGCAUGAUACUCGAAACUGUAUCUUGUUCUUGUACAUUCGGUUCGUUUACUUCCAUGUUGUUGGCUUCCAUUGAAGGUGUACAUAGUGAAGUAAUGUUCACUUGGAUUUGGUUUGGCAUAGGUAGUAAAGUCCAAUGGGAAAUUUUGUUUGGACAAUUUUUGGGAAAUAUAGAAUUCUGCAGCUGUAUUGGUCAUACAAUCUUGGAAGCUGCUAUAGAGAUUUGAGUCUUAAAUAUGUAAAAUAUCGACAUUGUUUGAUAUUGUGAAAAUAGAACCAUGUUGAUAUGCCAAUAUGUA